UUUUUUUCAUGUGAUUUCCUGCCCCCCCCGCACUCUUUCCUUCCUGGCCCCCGUUGUGCACACGUUGUGUUGUGAGAUGUUUUUCCCACAGUGGGUGCGCACUCUUGUUGGCGUGUGCCUGUGUGUGUGUGCCUCACGCCGCCCGUGUUAGCGUGUUGGCUCCCGCGGGGAGGGUGGAAGACACAGAACAUGGGAUAACGGAUCCGGCGUGGAACAGAACGAUAGCAAUGGACGAUCCUCAGCGCCGGUACAUCGCGGCAGACAAGGCAUGAACUGUUUACCAUCUACGAGCACCGUGGAAGCGAAGACCGUGCUCGGAAACUGAGGCCACGCGGUAUAAUUUCAUGAUAAAUCGACCGCCUUCACCGGCUCAUCCAUGGACCUUUCAGGUAAGGUCGGGUGGUUCCUCAAAUGGUGAGGAUUAUUAAAGCGCGUAAAGAAGAAAAAUCUUUUUUCCAGCUGAAUUGAUAAAGUGCAACAAUGUAACAAAUUAAAAUGCAUGUUUUCUCGACACACGCAGGCGUCGAGGCGGAUAUGGUCCAUCAGAAAGUACAGGCGAUUCUCAGGGGGUUGGAUGGACGGCACCCGGCGCUGCAGUCAGACCAUGGAAUGUUAAGAUGGACUCUACAUAAGAGCCUGGAAAGAAACCCCAGCAGUGGUGGUAUCGUGGUGGGUGUCCUCAUUAAAGAACUAGAAAGGGCGGAGAGUGGCGCCAACCUCCACUAUAUCAUCCCCCUUCUGCACACUUUGAUGUACGCCAUCAUUAAGGCUGCGUAUAUCUCCGAUGAACUGUAUGAGAGGGUUUAUGUUUUCUGUAAGAGGAUACUGACCCUCCCGAAACCGUAUUCCACGAUUGGAUUAGACUACGCUCAGAAGUUAAAGACUGAGAGGAAAACUCCAGGUUUAUCCUACCAAAAAAUGGUUAUUUCAGAACAAAAUCUGCGUCGGGAUAGUUCUCAACAUCAGGACAAGGUACUUUUGUUCCUGGACCCCAGCUUAAUUUCGGAGGCUGUGUGCAAUACCCUCUUACGAGAGACUCAGUCAGUUCAGAUGUCUCAGACACCGUUAUCGUGCAUGACGUAUGUGAUUACGAACGCCAUCCAGGCUGCACUCGGAAGAGACUGCGACAUCUCCGCGCUCCGAAGAACACUAAAGGGUCAAACAGCGGGGCAGGUAGAACUGUGGUUCCAGGAGGUGCUGUCUGCAAUGGAGACCAGCGAGCAGGGGAGCGGGAACAGCCGACAAAGACACAACGACAGGUUGCUGGAAAUAUAUAAGAAGAUAGUCGGCCCAUCGGAGGAAGAGGGUUCAACCAUCCGACUGCAGAUGAUUCCUCUUCCAAGCCCAAGUAUCAGUGUCCACCUCUGGUCCGACGAAGACCAACUAUGGAAGGAACUUGUCUUGUUCACCAGAGAGACGCAGAGCGCUGACCCUGAAGCUGACACCUUCAGGAUCGCGGAGUUGCCCUCGGAUAUGGAGGACGGAGAGCAGAACCGAAUAUCCGUGUGGUCCAAUGACAGCGGAAUUGAGAAGGACCUGCCUGGGAUGGAAGAAAAGGAGAUGACCAGGUUACAGAGAAAACCCUGCAUCAAAAAGAGAGGUCCUGACCUGGAUUCCGCCAUCGUGCUCCAAAAUUUGACCAAAGCGCCCAGGGGGAGCCGCGUUGGGACGCUCCAGAGGCUUUCAGGGAUGAGCACGGAGAUUCCGUCCGCUUCCGAAAACCAACCUACUGCUCGGAUUGUGAUUCUGGGGGACGACAGAGCAUUGGGGAGGCUGGCCAAAUCCUAUUACUCGUUCAGGAAGAGAGAAGCCAGAAGACCUCACAGGACGCUGAAGGCCAACCUGCAAUUUUACUGUAUCCCGGUCCGGGAGGAGCAGGUGGAUAAUGCACAAGACAAGGAAGACCCCCCUCCUACUAUAAGCGAGACCUGUGAACUCAGCAUGUACCUUGGCCGCGUGGAUCCAUGGUAUGACAGCAACAUCAACACCCUGUAUGACAUGAUCCCCAAACUGGCAGUCAUGCCGCCUUGUCCCACACGGGACGCCACCUCAGACCCUUUCAUUCUGGACGUCGCGGCCUAUUACCUGCGCUUUGGACUACAGCCGGUGUACUUUCAGAUUUACAGCGUGAAGAUGCACUUUAGGGACACUACUCUGGAGCCCGUAGAAGACGUGUUCCUGACCGAGCUUAAGGUUGAGUUCCAAGACUUCGCUAAAAUGAAUAACUUGAGUAAGAAGAAAACUGUAACCGAUGUACGAGGGGCUGGAAUCCAGGUUCAUUACAAAAAGGCUUUGGCCAGCAACAGAGAAAAGGAAGGAAAUCUUAUCUUGAAAACCUCCGGGGUCAUUAUAAAAACAAUACCCAAUGAAGAAGCUGAAGACCUUGUGUGUUUGAAUGUCUACAUCGAUGAGCUCACAAAGUCCACCAACCUAACCGGACGCUCUCCGUCGUGCAAGAAGAACGUGCUGAGGGCGUCCAGCGUUGAGAUGAGGAGCCUCGAACUCAGGACCUUGAGUCUCCAGCUUGACAAAGACAGCCGCAGAGUGUACACCAAUGUUUCCAGCUUAGAGGUGACACCGUGUCAGGAGCCUGGAUAUAGCUUGCAGAAGAUGAGGGCAUCUCGUAACGUCAUGGAUGGAAAGGAAGACACCGGGCUGAGCAAAUACAUGACGAAGUCCCUCCUGCUGCCAAUCAACACGUUUGCUGGAAUCAUCCAGUAGCCCGGGACCAAAGAUUAUAUUCCCCGCUCCUCAUUCUAAUGUAUCCAGACCUCGUGGAACAUGGGACACCCUAAUGAUCUUCUGGAGAGCAAUCACAGUCCCACCUGACGCGUAACGGGUCCGACGACCUCCGCAGACUUCCGGAACCCCCCGUCUCAAUAGCAUUUACAUGAACAAUAUGAUUGUCGUUUUAUGUAUAUAGAAAACUGGAUAUUAAGUAUCUUAUUUAUUGAAGCUCUAAAUAGAAUCAUUGAAGUAA